ACACAGACGUGCGAAAUCCAUGGGCUCACUGCAGUUUUUCAGAGUGGGACCAGAUGAUGUUUCAGACGUCAUUCCAGUUGAUGCAUCUAUUGAUGAGGAAUUUACAGCUUCCGAUGCAAGAUAAGAUCGCUAUUCUUGGAAAACUAACAGACUGGCUAACCAAUGGGGUUCAGUUUCUAGAGGGAAAUACUGUUGGACUACAGCUUUUAAAUGAUAUAAAGGCAGAAACAUCGACUCUCAGUAAAUACUUGUUAGAUGUUGUUUCAUAUAUAGAUGAAGGUUUCGAAGAGGUUCACAAGGCUAUGACUAAUAUAGAAUGUGAAUUUGAUAAGAUACUAGAUAGAGUCAAGGACAUAGGAAAGAAUCAAGAGCAGAUGGAAUGUGAUAUAAAAGAUUUGCAAUUAGCGGUUGAAAGCAUUAAAGAUGAAACUGCAGAUAUUAGUAAAAUUCAGGAGGAAGACAGACAGCAAGUUCAGGUUAUUCAAAGCACCUUAGAUAAUGUUAAAAUCGAUGUGGAUGCAACAAAACAGAAGGUAGAGAGCGUUGAGAUAGAUCAGAAGGUCAUAGCAGCCAAUGUAUAAAAAAAAGGUCAGAUAUAGAGGCUAUAACAAAAUAUAUAUCAGUACUAAGACCAAAAGACAAAGUAUUUUUCUAUCCUCCAAAUAGAGUGCCAACAUUUGUCGGAAGAGAUGAUGAAUUAGAACAACUUGGGCAUGAGUUUGGCAACAGAACUAACGAAAAUCACAUACAAGUGUUGUGUGGGUUAGGGGGGACAGGAAAAACUACAUUGGCUAUUGAGUAUGGAUUGAGAUUCAUGGAGUUUUAUCCUGGUGGCGUCUUUUGGAUGUCGGCAGAAUCAAAUGAGGCUUUACAAGACUCUUUGCAAAGACUUGCAAUAGAUGUUAACACAGUUGGUAUUGAACGGAAAGAAACAGUUCACAAAACAUUGAAGUGGUUGGCAGCCAUACCAGAAAGAUGGUUGCUUAUUGUCGACAAUGUAGAUAUUGAAGAAAUACACGGAACUAUUAAAGAGCUGAUAUUGGGACCAUGGAAAAGAAAUUCAAAAGGUCAUAUAAUCAUAACAUCUAGAAGAGAAGUUGUCAAUGCGGAAGAAGAAUUUGGCAUUGAGUCAAGAAAUUGUAUUACUCUAGAUGUAUUAACUAUGUCUGAAAGUGUGCAGUUUAUGAUGUCACGGACAGGUUUGUGAAGUAAUACAAAUGAGGAAAGUCUUCAGUCACUGGUAACAGAACUAGGAGGUUUGCCACUUGCUUUGGAACAAGCAGCUGUCCAUGUUAAGAUAUUAAAAUGCUCUUUCAAGGAAUAUUUGGAUAAAUUCGUUCGAAAAAGACUAAAGUUGUUGAAAAGAAGUAACCCCGCUUAUGAGAUACCUAAGGAUCGACAGGCAGUCAGAACAACAUGGCAACUUAACUUUGAGUAUAUCAGAAAACAGUCUAUUGACGAAGGGUUAGGUACAGCUGUUGUGACGAUUUUGGAAAUCCUGGCAUUUCUUUAUGCAGACGAUAUUCCCGUUGCAGUUCUAAAUACUGGUUCACCUGAUGUGGUCAGUGACGACUUGGUUGACGUUCUUCAGGACAGUCUAGGGGUCAAACAAAGUAUAGAAAUUCUUACUAGAUUUUCGUUGUUUCAUUGGUCUGGUGUUGACACAAUCAGUGUACAUCGUUUAGUUCAAGAAGUUAUCAGAAAAAACCUUGUAGAUGUUGAGCGUAAGAAACGAAUUAUUCAGAAUGCAGCACGGAUGAUCAAUAAGGCAUCAGCCGAAACUAACACAAUAAAUGACACAUUUAAAAGCCAAAAUAUUGGCAGAAAGUCAUUGCAAACUUGGAACAAAAUAGCCCUCCAUGCAAGUACAUUGAAGGAAUACAUGUUCGAGUUCACCAACACAAUUUCAGAAUUCAGCCAUGUCUUUUUUAGUGUCGAGACUUGCCAGGUUUUGCAGGCAAGUGCGAUUUACCAUAGUCUGUAUCAGCGACAGGACGAGGCAUUAGCGUGCCAAGAGCAAAUGUUGACCAUAAUAGCUGCAAUGGAUAUUUCGGAAACAGAUUACAAGGAUCUUACGUCUGUCAAGAUACCUCUUCUAUACAAGGAUAGAAUAAUCAUACAAGCUAGUGUAACUGCAGCGUUAGGUUCAAGAUCAAGCACGUCUGGGGAAAAUACUCAGCCGUUGGAUUCAAAAACAUUGCGAAAAAAGGGUAACGAUUUUUUCAAGCUUGGAAAAUGUAAUGAUUCUAUACAGUGUUACUGUGAAGCAGUCAGUAUUAGUAAUAACCGAAUCAAUCCGUCCCUGUAUUCUAACAGAAGUCUUGCUUAUCUUAAGAUUAAUGACUACGAGAAUGCUCUGCGUGAUGCAGAAGAAUGCAUACAGUUGGAUCCAACAUCUUGGAAAGCUUAUUGUUGGAAAGCAUACGCAGUUUCAAAUCUUAUCCGCUUAGGUCAUUUGUCAGUAUCAUGGGAAUCAGUUGGCCUUGCUGCAGCAGCAGUUGCUGGACAUCUGAAUGAAAGAUGCUUGCUGGAAUACAAAAUGAAAAUUGAGUAUCCAGUUGUUCGUUUCAUGAUUAUUGACGAUGAACGAAAGCUUGGACAAAAUAUUACCUCGUUAUUGAUAAGGCCUUUUACAACUUUAUUGUUGAAAAAGGGACGUUACACAUUAUCUUACGAAGACAUCACGACGAAAAGUAUACAGAUAAUUGGUAUAGAUGACGAAGUAGAAAUUCACAACCCAAAUGUGUUGAAUCUAACAAGUCCAGAAAAAUCCUGGUUUAGAGUUGAUUUCAAAGUUGAGUCUCAAAUAAAUAUUCACUUUGAAAAUGUUUUCUUCUCAAGCGGGUCAGAACAAGUCCGUGUAUGGAAAGGCAUACAUGCAACAUUUUAUAGAUGUAGAUUUUCAAAUGGGAAACAAGGCUGUCGCGACUUUCCAUACUGCGAAGGGGGCGACGGCUGCAAAAACUAUGACUCUGGUGAGUGCCGACUCAAGACAUUCGAAAGGAAAACGCUGUUCGGAAGCCGUCAUUUGGUCACUGGUGCUGUUGGUAAUUCAGGUAUUGCAGCUGUUAACGAAGGCAAUGUUUUCAUAGAAAAUUGUAUUUUCGAUCGAUGUGGAGGUAGUGGCACAUUAUGUGAUGGUGAAGGAUCUUCCGUGAUAAUAAAAAUAGUGUUAUUAAAAAUAUGAUCCAAAUGGGUGUAGAGGCAAGGCAUGGAGGUAGGACAGUUGUAGAUAAUUGCUCAAUAUUAGACAAUCAGUUCCAUGGUGUUGCCAUUGGACCUAAUGGUUUCGGAACAAUAAAGAAUUGCGUGAUACAAGGCAAUAAAGAAGAAGGUAUUUGGUGUGCACAAAUAAUUGACAUAAACAGUGAAAAUUGUAAAAGAGGUUCAUCUUGCGAAAUCAAAGAUAAUCUCAUCUGUCAGAAUGGUAUGUGUGGCAUUUCUUUAAACGGAGGAUCUUAUGUUGUCUCAGGCAACAAAAUAUUUGAAAAUUGGCUGUGGGGAAUUUAUAUAUAAUAUUAAUUAAUAUAUAAGCAAUAAUGAUAUAUUUGAAAAUAAAUGUGGUGGAGUAUGGAUAGGAAUACACUUCUCUUCUUCAGUCAUUUUAGAUGGAAAUUCCAUGAGAGACCAUACAGGUCCAGGUUUAAACAGGGAGGCGUCACCUGACGAGUUUUUUCCUCCAUCAUCUCAUGAUACAUUUCAAGAUAUGUUAGUGCCAAACAACGAGAUCGCUUUGUACACACUUGAACCCAUCAUUACUACAAGAAAUGUAUUUAGGGACAACGAGAAAGGGUUACAGCAUCCAAAGCAAAUUUUGCAGUUAGUUAGAACUUGUUGCUUUUGCCAUAAUUUAUCGAUAAAUUUGAAACGAUGUUCAAAAUGCAGAAAGGCGAGUUAUUGCUCGAAGCAAUGUCAAAGAAAUCACUGGAAACGGCACAAAUACUUAUGCAGUAUGCUGCAUGAGAGUUUCACUGUAGAACUAGAUUUAUCCAAAACGAGGUCAUCUCACAGCCAUCCACUCACCCCAGAUCUUGCUUCAGAACAAGGACAUGGACCCCCACCGGACAGAACAGGCAAAAGAAAGUUUAUUGUUAAAGUUCAGUCUGGACUAGAAUACACACGGUAUAAUCCUGAAGAAGAAAUGAAAUUGUAUGACCAAACUCGAACUUUCGAAAUAUGGUUUCGUAAUCCUCGAAUAUAUCAUUUGGUCUGCGAGUGUGGUGUACUUGGAGCCAUGCGUUUACAAAGAAAAGGAUAUAUUGUUGGGCUUCCUUCAAAACUAAUGGCAAAAAUUUAUGUAUAUAUACAGAAAACUUGCCGCCACUGCAAGUGUGGUAAAAUGCAGAAUAUUGACAUACCUUUCUGGAAAUUUACUUUAGAUGUUUGCUACAAAUUACGAUAAGCUGAAGGAAGUUAUUGAGUGCAAUUAUUUUCCCGAGAGUUUUACCUCGCAAUCGCAGUAAUCUAGUAAAUGCCAAAUUUUAUUUAUUUUUGGUACCACAGAUAUUUUCCUAAAUAUUGAAUGUUAAGCUGUUGUAUGAUCGACAAAAUGAAUGAAAUUCUCUCCUAAAGGUUCUAACGAAAUUGACUGUUAUUGUGCAUUUUUGUUUCGUUUAUUUAAAGCUUUUUAGUUGUAAUAAAAUGUUUUACCUAAACCUCUGUCUAAAAAGUAAUUACAUUUGUACUAGUAAGACCGUAAGAGAUCUUAAAUGACUUUGAAAUAAAGUUUGUGUUGUUUGAAUCUGUGAAUUAGACAAACAUUUAUUUCCUGUUGGUUUCAUGCUUGACUGAACAGCGUGUAAGAUUCAUUCAGCCUUGGAAACAAACGUUUUUAUUUUAGUGCGUAAACUGAUAUCGUGUGAUAUUGUGAAAUAGAAUAUACCUCUAGCGUGACAAGUCACAUUUGUGCAGAACCGUUUCCUUAGGGAAUAAAUUAAGAGAAACUUGAGCUUACUUUUUUAGAAAAGAGGUUCGUGGUAAUACAGUUUUACAUUGGAUGUUUGAGGGAAAUAGGCAACAACAAUAUGAAUUCAGUUCCAAAAUACGAUUCCAAGAAACAACAAGACUGGGCCAUCAUAAUGCCCGAAACCAUGCAUAAACAAUGUGUCAGAAACAAACAGGUUCGUAUUGUUGACGGCACAGAAGUGAGAUGGGAGACGGUAAGGCAAAAUGAAACUAAUCCACUCGCAAGUAGCUCCAAUGACUUGCAGUAAAUUGGAAUUAUAUUUAACACAUGAAAUCGAAGUAAAUUCGACUCUUCAUGCAGUGUGAAUAACGGAUUUGACAGUAAGGAUACCUUGCCUGCCAAUGCGUUUCACGUAGCUUUAUAUAUAUCUUCUUUGAUUCUGUUUGCUAAUACACCUUGUCCUAUCUUAAGUGCUUAUUUCAGUGUAAAAUACUUUCAUGAACUGUUUGAUUUCAGUUCACCAACUAACUCUAAUUUGGUUUAAAAUAAUUUGAAGCCGCAAAACGUAGACUUGCAAAGUCUGCUGUAAAGGAGGGGGCAAUAAUUAUUAGAUAAUGAAGUGAAAUAUAUAUGCAUUGAUUAAUUCAAAAUACAUGAGUGUGUUCACUGAAUCUAGUAAGACUGACACAUAUCUAAUCGCUAGAACAGGAACAUGUCCGAUCCAAAGCCUUGAAAUGUAUUUCUCUUAGGUUGACAUAGACAGUAAUUUGGGCAUCUAUACUUUUGUUAUUUAAUCGCAACAAAAAGGUUAUAAAAUUAGGAAAGAUGGUAAACAUUUGACAUAAAGCAAUCGCAGAACAGUGUAGCCACAUGUUAAAUAUAUAAGCAGUUACUGCUUACAUUCUCUGAGAUCUGGUGGUGCUGCCUUAGCUGCAAAUAAGGGUAUCCAAGACAGGUUGUUUAAGGUUCCCAACAGCCUGUGCAUAAAAAAGUUUGUGUUUUUGUUGUUAUUCCCCACACGGCUAUCGGAGAUGGUUGUCCAUAAGGGAAUAACAACUAAUCAUAUAGACGAAAAAUAUUACCUACAUUUGUUUAAAAUUAUUCUCAUGGAAAUAGAACAUGCACACAUUUCUAAUGGCUUACACUUAACAAUUACUUCUUAAGUCGUUUCAAGGCCCUGUCAGUAACUGAAAUAGUGUAUCAACUUAUCAAAGUUGCAUGAAUUUGAUUCAAGAAAUUUUAUCGUAACUGCAAAUAUUUCAAAGUUUUUUACUUUUAACCUAAAGGUACAUGCUCUGAAGGAAGGAUAUGAGUUGAUGUAAAAUGUACAAUGUAUAACCGAUAUUGGAAAUAGCAAAAAUUAUAACUAGUAUAACAUAUUUGUUAAAGCCUAUGUAGAAUGUACAAGUUUAUAUUCAUCAUUUCAUUUUAUCGUUUUAACAUUGUUUCAUAUGUUUUUCUUAUUUUAAGCAUUUCUCUGACAAGUUAAACAAUUUGUAGGACGCCUUUAUUGUUUAUUUCCCCCGCAUUUUACGGAAAAAAGAGGGUGCUUAGAAAUGGGUUGCGUCUUCCUGUCCGUCUGUCUGUUCGUAUUACUUUCUGUCGUGUUCGUAAUUCUGCAAUCAGUCAAGGGAUUUUGAAAACAUUUGACACAAAUGUUAACCCUAAUAAGACAACAAGUCGCACACAAGACCCUGACCCCUAGCUCAUAGGUCAAAGUCACACCGGGAGGUAAAAUGUUAACAGGGUCUGUUUCAUGUCUGGUCCGUAAAAACGCAGGGGAGUUUAAAUUUAGAUAGCACAAAUAUUCUCCAUAAUAGGACGUCACUAACCUAGCUCAAAGGUCAAUUUCAUACUUAGAGGUCAAAUGCUUACAGGGUUUGUUAAUGUUUGAUCCAACUCUGCAAUUCUUUAAGAAAUUUUAAAAUGACCAUCGCACAAUUCUUCCCCAUCAUGAGGCAACAUUUCGCGCGCAAAGUGAGUCUAAUAUAUUAAAGGUCAAGAUCAGACAUAGUGGUCAAAAAUAGUAGGUCAUUUUUUGUCUGGCCAAUAACUGUACUGGACUUGAUUGUAUAUUCACGGAACUUGACACAAUCCGUCACCAUAACAAAAUGAUAUGUUGCAUGUAAGAAUCGGACCCUUAGCUUAAAAGUCAAGGUCACAUUUAGAGAUAAUUUAAGAUUUUUAGAAUUUUGUCGGAUCUGUUACUUUUUAUGCAUAUAUUGGCAUAAAUAUUUGCUUUUAAAAUAGGAUGUGUCACGUGUAAUACAGAGGCCCCUUUCUCAAAAGUAAAGGUCACAGGCACUUCAACUUUCCUUUUUGUACAUGCCAUUACUUUCUUUUUAUGAUAAAACACAGUCCAUGUGUGUUUUUAAUCUAAUUAUCCCGUUUACUUAGAAAUAAAACUAUGUUUAUGUAUAAUGAUUGCAAAACAAUGCGGGGCGUUGGUAACUGUUACAGUCUUGUUUUCUUUACUUCAAUGAAAACAGUAAAUUUUACACCUUUGUGAUGAAGGUAUUACGUCAUUGUGCUUUGCUGUAUGUUGUUCUUUAAGUGUCAGUAUAAUAUUUGAAAUGAAACUUAUUAAAGUUGAUGACUGUUUGACACAUUAAAAUUGUUUUACACUGUA